GGGUUUGGGGCUGAAUCCAACAAAAGGGUUAUUUAUGUCACAGGGGAAGCUCCUUUGGAAACUGUGACAUGUGAUGGAGCAGCUUCUAGAAACUUCACUGUUAUGUGGGACCAUGGAAGCGUCACCUGCAAGGAUCAGUACUACUCUAUCACCUGGAACUCUACUGUUAAGUGGUCAGCUGAUGAAGACCAAGGUGAAACAGAGGUUCCCGGAAACGAAACGGCGUACACCUUCCUCGACGCGACGCCCUACACUGAGUACUUCGUGUGUGUGGCCAUCACGAAGGACGCGGAGGGGGGCGUGUGCUGUGACCACACCACGGCGGAGGAUGGGCCCUCGGCGCCAGUCAUCAAGGAAAUUUCCUCCUUCCGCGGAGACGUUCGCAUCAGCUGGUCGCCUCCUGAAGAAGCCAAUGGCGUUGUGAGGAACUACAAUGUUUCUUGGGAGAGUGAGGACGCCGAUCCGGGGACUCAGGAGUUUGAUGACGUAACUGAAGGAUUGGUUGUCGGUCUAGAAAAGUGCCAUACUUACACCUUCUCUGUGGCCGCUGGCACGAUCGUCUGGGGGAAUAAAUCGGAGACCAGAGAGGUGGAGGUUGUUAAUUACGUCGACAGCGUGACCUGCAUUUCUGGAGGCACAGACAGGGUUCUUGCUCAGUACGAAUUCGCGACCCAGGAUUGCGGGUUCAACAUGCGGAACACGAACUGGAAGGUCAACGUCCUGUGGAACAAUAACACAUGGUCGCAAUCCACCUCCGACGACUCCAGCCCCGCAACUGGCAGCUUCACCGUGCCGGGCCUGGAACCUUUCUCGCAGGUGGAGGUGUGCAUGAGCGUGCCAGGCAGGGACGAGGAAAAGGCCUGCUGCUCCGCUACCACAGACGAAGCUGUUCCGGACGAGCCGAGUGAGGUGAUCGUAUCCAAAGUCACCAACACAACCGCCCAUAUCUCCUGGACGAUGCCCCUUCACGUGAACGGCGCCAUCAAGUCGUGGGAAGUGACCCUGCGAGGAGAUACCGACAAUGAGGAGACAGAGAACGACGUUGAGGGGGAGAUGAUGUUCUUCGACGCUACUGACCUCACUCCUUCUACGAAUUACGAGGUUACAGUGAAGUGCCAAACAGGAGGAGGUCUGAGUAAAGGGACACGCAGAAGCUUCAAAACACUCAACGCAGACAACACCGGCGACAACCAACCUAACAUCGGACUUAUCAUCGGCUUGUCAGUAGGAGGAGGAAUAAUUGUGCUGCUGCUGGGGGUCGCAAGCAUCGUCUCUUUCCUGAGGCAGAAGAAGAGGAGGAGGAGCGAGCAGGCGAAGGAGGAAGAUCAUCCGCAGUCGCAUUAUAACAAUGGGUUCGGUCCAACUAAAGCGCAAUACGAGGGUGAUGGAAUUGAGGAAGAUCAUUUAUGAGUUCGUCUGCUUUGAUGUGACACAAAAACUUCAAAACACCAAGCGCCGGGAAGCACACAGUCCAAGCACAUGGAGGCAAUCAUUCACUCACUCAUUCACGCACAAGGACACGGGAAUACUUUUUAUGUACAAUAUGUGUAUCAGAAACUUUGGAAGAGUUCAUGGUUAUGAUGGGAGAGAGCGUGGAAUCCUCAAAGCAGGUGAACAUACGGGUGACA